AUGAGCGUGCGCAAGGCGCACAAUUCCGGUCGAAACCAUCUGAGGAACGUCGUGGAGUACUAUCAGCAAAUCGGACAAGAAAACGCUCAAUCUGUCAUUGACUCGAUCACGGCAUCCUACGCCGCAGAGGGCCAGCCCCUCCCCAAUCCCGCCAUGGCACCAGGUGCAUUCCCACCUCCAUUUGGCUUCCCAGGUACACCCCUCGCUCAUCGUCAUCACCAACAACCUCAACAAACAAGCCUAACAAUGACCCCGCGAGGCAAUUUAGGUCAAGGGCCUCCUCUUCCAUUUGGCAUGCCCCCACCAGGAGCCCCCGGCGCUCCAGGAAUGCCACCUCCCCCUGGCGCUCCCGGCGGUCUCCCCUUCCCGCCUCGCUUCCCAUCCAAUGCCUCCGGCACUCCUCCUCAGGGAGGUUUCCCGCCCCCGCUUCCGAACCUGCCUCCUGGAUCAAGCCUGCCUCUCCCUCCCCCAGGCGGUUUCCCCGGUUUCCCGAUCCCUCCCCCCCGGGGCGGCUGGCCGCCAUUUGUGGUGGAUGGCAAAUAG